AACAAUGUUGUUUGCUAACAUCCAAAGACUCAGUCUUUUCAUUUUAAAUUUUUUUAUUUAGUAAUUUAUCAUAGUACAUGCACUUUAAAUUUUCUUUUGGGCAAUAAUAUUUUUUAUUAUCAUUAUUUAGUUAUUUUCAUUGUCAAAGUUUAGUUGCUGAAUUUUAUUGAAUAACAAAAAUCCAAUUUGUGGAAACAAAAACCAAGAUUUGAAGUUAACUGAGGGGAAAGAAAAGGAAAAUAUUAACCCUUUUUUUUGUGUGGUUGGAUUGAGAGGAAAAAAAAAGGAUUUGUUGUUCAAAGCAAGAAUUUUGAUUUUUUUUUUGGUCCCUUUUAUCAUCACCUUGUUGAAAUAUAUUUAUAUUCCCCUUUUGUUUGGUAAAGAGAGAUAUUUGAAGAUGGGAAUUUGCUGGGGUUCUUCAGCUGAUAAUCCAACAACACCAAGCACCACUGGUCAUCUUAGUUCUGUAAUAUCUCAGACAGCCAGCAACACAGCAUCUUAUUCAACUUCUAGGGGCAGUAACAUCUCAAGGGACAGCGGGUUCUCAGCUUCGAGUGGGGACGAGGCUUUUCCCAAUGGGCAGAUAUUGUCCGCUCCAAACCUAAGGAUCUUCAGUUUUGCAGAACUGAAGACUGCAACUAAGAAUUUUAGGCCUGACAUGGUGCUCGGUGAGGGAGGUUUCGGUCAAGUCUUCAAAGGCUGGAUCGAUGAGAAGGCACUAGGGAAGAGUGGAAGUGCAACCCUCGUUGCUGUUAAGAAACUCAACUCUGAGAGCUUGCAAGGAUUUGAGGAAUGGCAGUCGGAGGUAAAUUUCUUAGGAAGGUUGUCUCAUCCUCACCUUGUAAGGCUACUUGGGUACUGUUGGGAGGAUAAAGAGCUUCUUCUUGUUUACGAGUUUAUGCAGAAGGGUAGCUUGGAAAACCAUCUAUUUGGAAGGGGUUCUAGUGUUCAAUCACUUGAAUGGAACAUACGGAUUAAAAUUGCGAUAGGAGCAGCAAAGGGCCUAUCGUUCUUGCACUCAUCGGAUAAGAAAGUAAUUUACAGAGAUUUUAAAGCCUCAAAUAUACUACUUGAUGGGUCAUAUACCGCCAAGUUAUCGGAUUUUGGGUUGGCCAAAUUGGGUCCUUCGGCUAGCCAAUCGCAUGUAACAACAAGGGUUAUGGGCACAUAUGGUUAUGCAGCUCCAGAAUAUGUUGCUACCGGACAUUUAUACGUAAAGAGCGAUGUGUACGGUUUUGGUGUUGUUUUAGUCGAAAUUUUAACAGGGUUGCGAGCACUUGAUCCAAAUCGACCCAGCGGGCAACAUAAUCUGUCAGAAUGGAUAAAACCGUAUUUAUCCGACAGAAGAAAACUAAAAAGCAUAAUGGAUAAUCGGUUGGAGGGCAAAUAUCCAUCCAAAGCUGCAGUUCGAAUAGCCCAGCUCGCUUUAAAAUGUCUUGAACCUGAACCUAAGUACCGUCCAUCAAUGAAAGAAGUUGUAGAAACUUUAGAACAGAUUGAAUCAAUAAAUGAUAAUCCAAAAGAGCCUCGAAACCGUACUGCUCGUCAAACAACUCGUAGGCACCGCCAGCAGCCAUUGCAUCAUCGAUCUCCACUCGCUCCAAAGAAUGAAACAGGUCGAGCCAACUAGAAUCCUCCACAGCUGAGUUAGGUUGUGGAAUAUCUACCCAAUUUGUUGCAGGUCUCAAUAUUAACAUGCUAAUUGUUUCACCAAACAUUUCCCUACCCCCCCUUUUUUUUAUAUUCUUGUAUUUAUUUUAGAAUCUACGAGUUCCAUUUUUUCGUUGUGACUCAUGUUUAUUUCAGUAAGUACAGCUUUUCGUGCUUGAUAUCUUGUUAGAAUUGUUCUUAUUAAUUCAGUUCUGCUGUUUCUUA